ACUGGCAGGCAGCAGUGAAAAAUCUUUCAAUAUCACAGUCGUCUCGCUGGCGAGCGGACGGGAGCAGCAGCUCGGAAAAAAAUUAAAAUUGGAAGUUUUUCUACAAAAUUCUAGUGUAAAUAGUUGAAAGUUUUUUAACAAAUUAACAGUGCUUUUCCAAAUUUUUCCGAAAACGUGAGUGUGUCCGUGUGUGCAAAAUUCGUUGCAGUGUAUCGAAAAGUAAGCUAAGGCAACAGCUGAAGUGACGCGCAGCCCCCGGGGCAGCUCAAGUGCAGCCGUAUAACACCCACAUUGGUGCGGGCACCAUGGACUCGCUCAAGUUACCAAAGGGCAGUAGUGCCACAAGCAGUGCCAGUGGCAGCAAUAGCAACCUGUCCGGAUCGACAUCCGCGUCAGCAUCCGCAGCCACAUCGCCCACAUCCUCGAACACAGCGUGUGGCGGCAUGACGACAGCAUCAUCAUCCAAGUCGCCGCCCGGCCUGAGCAACAGCAACACGCCGAUCACAGUGCGCUUCAAUGCCAACGAUGACUCGCUGGAAGACAUCCUGCAGUCCUUCCACCAGAACACGCACAGUCCCAGCGGUGGUGCGAGUGGCGGUGGCGAUGCCUCACCCACGCUUCUGGGCAUGAAGAACAACGGCAUGGGCCUCAAUGCCGCCGCCAUGACGUGCGAUUCCCUCUCCAGCAGCCCCUCGCACCAGCAGAUGCAAGCGGCACUCUUUAGCAAUGAAGAAGUAAAUCUGCGCAAUAACUACAUGCAAGGCGGUGGCUUCUUCAAUCGCAAAAGAUCAGGCAGCACUGAAGGCGUCUCACCCACUUCCAGUGGCCCCAAUCUGAUAGCCGCUCUUGCCGCAGCUGGCAUCAGCAGUGCAGGCGGAGGAGGCUCGGCACCGGACACCAGCGGGGGCGUGGGCACCUGGAAGCUGAUCAAGGGCAAGGUCUCACAAACCCUUGAGGAGAUCAAGUCGUCCAAGCAGCCGUCGCAUCAUACAACAGCCGCGAUUCCAAUUAUUGUGGCCGACCCACCGUCCAUUGGCUGGAGCCCCACCGAGCCCGACUCGGACACCGAGUGCAUCCCAUCGCUCAGCGAAGAGCUGCCGCUGGAUCCGGAACAUAAGCAGAACUCCGAUUCGGAUGCGGAGGCCGAGCAGUUGCAGCACGACAGCAGCAGCCUCGGCAGCGGCGACGUUGGAGCUGCCGCAGCCGUACCCGUAGCGGGUGCAGAACGUUCCCGCCUGCGCCGCGGUCUGGCCCACAUCAAGUCCAAGGUGAAGGCCAAGCAUCAGGCGGCAGCCAUGAGCAAGAAGGACAUCAGCUCCAGUCCAAUUGCACCAACCGGCUCGCUGCGCAGCGGCUUUCUGCGCAGGCGCCACGUAGUCGAGCCGGGCAGCGAGCCAUCGACCAGCCAGCAGGCGGCGGCAGCCGAGGCCAGGCAGAGUGUUUCGGCCACGACCACGGAGAUUCCCAUUGCCAGUGGCAAGGUGAAGAAACGGGGCAUCCUGCUGGCCCGCAAGGAUGUGGAGAUUGAGUCUGGAGUCGAGGUGCUGGAGGAUAUGAUGCCCAUGGCGACCAAAGCAGCGGACUCACCAGAUCGGGAGGCUAUGGACGAUGGGGAUGGCGGAAAGGAGGGCAAUGAGGCCGAUCCACGUGCAAGUUUGACGCUGCCUUUUGCUGCUCCUGAAUCCACAGUGACCUUUGAUGAGAGACCGCCCGAGAUGUCGCGGCUCAGCUUCUUGUCCAGAGGAAGCUUUGUCAGCCUCAGCGGCUGGCGUAGCCAUCGCGGAACAGUCGCCUCCAUUGCCACGCCCGUUGUGCUGGGAGCCUCCAUGGUGGUGCUGUUGAUUCUGCCGAUGCAGGACUUCCUGCGCGGCGUGUUCGCCACCAUUCUGUUCAUCGCUCUGAUUGACUCUUGCGGCAAGCAUCUGCACUGGCUCUUUGAGCACUUCAUGCUAUCCACGCAUCCGGAGCGGGUGAUGUUCAGGAUACCCAACUACGAGGAGAUGCCCAUCUGCGAGAUCCCCUCGGUGGAGGAGCACAAGACGAUCAAGACCUACGCGGGCUGGAUGAACGAGAUAGACAGCUACGAUCCGCACACGUUCUCCUUCCACAUGACGCGCUCCAUCUAUGUGCGGCUGGAUGGCUGCAUUCUGAAGAUGUCCGGCACCCAAGCGAGGAUACCCAAACGCUGCAUGUGGAACGAGCAGCCCAUCGAUCGCAAGAAGGUUCUCUUCACCGAUCAUCGCUCCUACGAUCUAAGGGAGUGCCGCAUUGAGCUGUUGCCCCUGGGACUGGCCAAGAAGCGCUACUUCAAUCGCAAGUAUCCCAUCCAGCUGAUCAUCAAGAACACUUGUGAUUCACCCGCGGCUCGUCAGUCAACAGAAUCACUGUCGGAGACAACGCUCAAGCUGGAGUCCAAGGAGGCACGUUCAUCGCUAACCUUUGCCCCUGGCUCAACGCCACCCUACGAGGAUGCGGAAAAACAGGAUUUUGCAGCCACUGUGAUGCAAGCAGACCUGCAGCAACUGCGGAACAAUGUCAAUCCGGAUACGGAGCUGAGCGACAUUACAGUGCCCUGUGGCGAUGAGGUUCGUCUGCUGCUCUUCACGCGCUGCGAUCGGGAGAAGGAGGACUGGUAUCGCCGCUUCCAGGCCGCCAGCAAGGGGCGUGUCCAUGAGCAGGAUCUGCAGGUGCCGAUGGCACGUUUUGUGGAGGACACCGAUCUGCAGUUGGCUGCCGCCAGGCAGGCUGUGCGCAUGGUCGGUGCAAUGGGGGACUCAAGCUUGGGCGAUGUGUCGUUUGCCUCAAAUAUGAAUGACGGACAGCAGACACCCGAUGUAGAGUUCGAGGAGAUAACCGAGGAUGAUUUGCUACCCGAAACGCCAAAGGAAGAGACAUUCGAGGGCAUGAUCAUGAGCUCCGAUGUGGCCAGAAAUCCCGCGGACUAUGUCCGUUUCAUGACUGUCUACCAGAAAGCUUGCCGUCAGAGCCAGAUCCCAGUGACCAAAAGUGCGCGCCUCGAGAAUGGCGCAGAAAAAAAGAAAAAUCGCCGCGCCAAGCGCCAGGAAGAUGAGCUAUGGAAGGGCAUUGAUCAGUCGCUCUUUCUGGGCCCCUCCGGCAGCAUUGUCUGGGCCAAUGUCCUGCUGGGGCGCUGUCUCUUUAGCAUGCUGCAUGACGCGUCCCUCCAAGAGAGGAUUAAGGACUUUAUGCAGAAGAAGCUAAACUCCAUUAAGUUGCCCAGCUUCAUGGAGGAGGUAAUCAUAACGAAUAUCUAUAUGGGCGACUCACCCAUGCUGUGCCAUCGCGUCUCCCAGCCCAUGCUGGACGAGCGCGGCGUGUGGGUGGAUGCAGACCUCACCUACGAGGGACUGGCGCAUAUCACAGUGACCACCAAGCUCAAUUUGCUGCGUAUCCGCGCCAAGACCAAGGCCUCCCCAAUGGGAGCAGAAAGCGGUCCCAGCGCUUCGACGUCGACGGAUCUACCUCAGGAUCGGCGCAAUCUGGGUGACGAUGAUACACCGGUGGACAGCAGGAGUGCCAUCUACGACAGCGAUGGCGAGAGCACCGGUGGCUCCUCCUCCGAAAGUGAAAGCACACCGCCGGGCGCCGCCGCGGAGAAUGCAGCUGGGACUGAAUUCUUCCAGAACUCCCCGGGUAACGCUCGACGCAUCUUCAAGAUCGUCGACCGCAUAGCCGCCUCAAAUCUGUUCCAAUAUGCCACCGAGCUGCCGUACGUGCAGCGCGCCAUGGAGAACAUGAAUGCCAACCUGACACUGCGCGUAGAUCUCAAGGGUAUGGUGGCGCGUGGCACAAUAAACAUACCGCCCCCGCCCUCCGAUCGGGUGUGGGUGUGCUUCCGGGGGCCACCACGCCUGUGGAUAUCCACCAAGCCGCAAGUGGGCGACAAGUCCGUCGACUGGACCAUUGUUACCAAUGUCAUUGAGAGCAAGCUGUGCGAGGCAGUCAACAAGUUUUUGGUCUACCCGAACAUGGUGGACUUUACCAUACCCUUCCUGGCCAAACCCAGCUACGAGGACGAGUCGCCGGCAUCGCCCAACUAAAUACCAAAAAGGGAACCAUCACUUCUUUUAAAUCAGCUGAAUUUAACACAAUGCGUGUGCAACAAUUUCCAUACUAGAUAUCUUACUUACGAGAUUAACUU